AUGCUGGUGUGUUGCUACAACCCCUCGGACCUCUCGGGCGUCGAGAUCCAGGCCUACAGCCAGAUAGAGUUGAGCGAUGAGGCGAAGAGGAAAGGGGACGCCGUCGUGGAGACCACGGAAGCUCCUCCAGCCUCUCCGCGCCAAGUGGGGGUGCAGGACCCGACCAAUCCGCGCAAGGAGAAGUCCAAGAUGAGCAUCAUCUUGCCAGAGACGCUCGAGGUAGAUAUCGUAGAAGUCGCCACCCCGGUUGACGUCAAGGGACUUCCGCCGGGGUCACCGUCACCACUGGAUGCGGUGUCACCGGCAGCCAGGAGUACUACCCUCAGGCUGGCCGAUGACAUCUCGCCUGCAAACUCGUCAAGGUCUUUGAAGUCUUUAAGGUCCUUCCGCUCAUCGACGACCAAGCAUGACUUGGAGAAGUUGGAGGUGCCCAUAGAACUUCGACGAGGUUCUUCGGUCAAGGACUUGCAGGGUGGCCUUGCCUCAGAUUACGAGCUCGAGGACGAGUUGGGCCACGGGGGGUUCGGGAGCGUUUACAUCGGACGUGGCAGAGCAAACAACUCGACGGUUGCAGUGAAGAUUAUUCCGCGAUCUCGACUGAAGCGCGAAGACAUAUUCACAGAAGAAGUGAAUACCACAAAGCGCCUAGCCCACCCGAACCUCAUCCGGCUCUUCGCCUCCUACCGCGACGAGUCGAACUUCUAUCUGGUCAUGGAGUUUUGCAAAGGCGGUAGCCUCUCCGAGCUUCUUCAGACAAGGGGACUUGAAAAGGACGAGAUGGGCAUUUGGACUGUGGGGCUUGCUGCAGAGAUGAUUGCCAGGUAUGCCUGGCAGAUGCUGUCAGGCAUAGCCUAUCUCCACUAUCACCGUAUCGUCCACCGAGACAUCAAACUGGAGAAUUACAUGAAGGUUUCCAAGGCGGAGUACGCAGACAUCAAACUUAUCGACUUUGGCCUGGCGACAAAGAUCAAGAAAGGCGCCAAGCUGGGAGAUGUCGUGGGCACCGUUUUGACCAUGGCCCCGGAAGUGCGGUGCCGAAACUACGACGAAAAGGUCGAUGUGUGGGGCACAGGCAUGUGCCUGUACAUGUGUGCCGUCGCCAUGGACCCUUGGUUCAAUGAGGAGACGCACAAGCAAUACGAGGAGGACGACAUCUUCGAUGCACUGGAUGACCCUGCCCUUAAGAUACAGUACUACGAGCGACGCUGGUCUCUGAAGGAACCGGGCGUUCGGAACCUCGUAGAGUCCUUGCUGGUCGUGGACCCCGCGAAACGCCCGAAGGCCAAAGAUGCCGUGGGUGUUGCGAUCGAAGUUGUAAGCCCGUGGUCGCAGUUUGGCGCCAUGGCAACGGAGGAUGAUGGCUACGAGCUUUUCGUAAAAUCUGAGCUUGAGAAGCUUUGCGAUAAGUUGGUGCAGAAGUACCAGGUCGAUGUCCGGCUCGCCAGUGAGAAGUCCAGAGACCAAGUCGUCUCGCCGCCGAACGUGCAGCCCAUUUCGCGUUCUGCGAGUGGUGUCAUAAGCAAUCCAAGCAUCAAAUCGAAGAUUGCUGAUGAUCCAUUUCAGCCUGACCGGCUGGACCUCUCGACUGCAUAUAGCAUGGGCUCCGUCUCCUCACUGGACUUGGGGGGUGGCUCGAAACAAACUGUUGCGCAGCACAACUGGGCUGUGAUGACCUCGAAGCUCAUGGACAGAUUCCUGAUCUCAGAGUCCGAGAGCGAGGAAGAAGAUGUCGCAUCCUAUGUGAAGGAGGACAUACUGGCACUCCGGGCUCCGUGGAAGACUUCGCUGCGACAGCACGCGUUGAAGCGAGAGAAGGCUGACAAUUGCAAGUCGCCCUUGCUUCGGCGCCAAACAAAUCGUAUGAAAGAUGCAGCCAUGGACGGCUCGUGCCUUCAACCACUAGUGAGAAGGCCUAGCAGCAAGAUUCAGAUUACUUGGUCACUCCUUGGCGUCCUCUUCAUCGUAUGGGACAUGAUAACGAUCCCUCUGGAGCUCUUCGACAACGAGCAAUUGAGCUCCUUGCUCUUGGUGGUGGGGAGGGUUUCUUUCGGAUACUGGCUCAUUGGCAUGCCACUUCACGCCGUCUUUGGCAUUGAGAUUGAUGGACAUCUUGAAAUGCGCCCACGGGUGCUUCUCAGAAGGUACUGGCGGUCCUGGUUCGGUGUUGACUUGAUGGUGAUCGGCAUCGACGCGGGGUUGAUGCUUGUUGAGUUGUUGUCAGACAGCGUGCCUGCAGGAGCACGAUCUGCGCGAUUCCUGCGCACAUUGCGACUCUUGCGGCUUCUACGUCUCCUGCGUGUGGCGAAGCUGCAACGUGAACUGACGAAACUCGCCAAUAAUUUUCUUUCCACCUAUGCCUUCAUGGUAAUGCGUAUCGUAUCUGGACUGCUCAUGAUUCUGACAGUGAACCACAUCAUCGCAUGUUGCUGGUUCGGCCUGGGUCGCUGGACUCUCGUCGAAGAUGGCAGCAGCUGGCUCCUCGACGCGGGCAUCGCAGAUGCAGGCCUUGCCGACUCGUAUGCAACAUCUGUGCAUUGGGCACUUACACAGUUCACACCGGCAACGAACAACGUCGCACCGGUCAACUUUAUGGAACGAUUCUUUGCCGUUUGGGUCAUCCUUCUGGCCAUGGGGACUUUUUCCUCUUUCAUAAGCUCCAUCACUGCAACCGUCACUACUUUGAUGGCCUCCAGGGCUGAGCAGUUUAAGCACCACACAUCUUUGGUGCGCUUCUUCAACGACAGGAACCUUUCUACCGACACUUAUUCGAAGAUCAAUGAUGUGCUGAGAAGACAGGGAAUGUAUGAUAUCCGCCUGAAGGAGAGAGAUGUCAAGCUUUUGCAAGAUGUCCCUGAACAUCUGAAGGUCAUGCUUCACGAAGAGAUGUUCAUGGCUUCUCUUACGUCCUUGUGUAUCUGGAAGCGCUGGAGGCACGAGGAUGAUCUCCUGAUACACCGGCAAAUCUGUCACCUCGCAAUGGUGGAGCACAUCGCCUCCCCGGGAAAUGAUGCCUUCAUGCCCGGGACGGAAUGCACGCAGGUUUACCUUCUGGAUCAGGGCAGUAUGGGCUACAUUGCCAGGCAAUUCAGCAACCUGGAAUCGGAAAUCGUCUCUCCGGGGCAGGUGCUGUGCUUGCCAUGCCUUUGGGCUGAGUGGCUCCAUCGUGGACGUCUCACUGCAAAUGGCGGUACGACUGCCUACUACAACGGGAUCGACUGUGACAAGUUCUGCGGGCUUGUCAAACAGCACGGGAAUCCGCUCUGGCAGUAUUUGCAGAUCUAUGGAAUACUCGUCGUCAGCGAAAUUGAACACAUGGACACAGAGGACAUCUUCGUCACAGACUUGCCCUUGGACGAAGACAAGAUGGACGACAUCGCAAACAGAGCCGGGCGUUUCGCACACCUGGUCAACUCUCGGCACGAGUCUGAGAAUGCAUCCUUGCUGGCAACACUGGCUGGCAUCGGACACAAUCCCUCGCAUCCCUCGCACCGUCAGUCCUCCAGAACCUCGACAGUACGGUCACAGGAUCACAAUAUUUCAGCUGUGGUCGUAAGCACUGAAAUGUGA